AUGCACCGUGUGCAGAAGGUUCAAUCUCAUGCGGGCGAGUAUGCCCCAGACAUUUUGGUGGUUGGCUCCUGCUUUCUGGACUAUGUUGGCUACGUGGACCACAUGCCGCAGGUGGGCGAGACGAUGCACUCGGAGUCGUUUCACAAGGGAUUUGGCGGUAAAGGCGCCAACCAAGCUGUGGCGGCUGGCCGCCUGGGGGCCAAGGUCGCCAUGGUGAGCAUGGUCGGGACAGAUGGCGACGGCAGUGACUACAUCAAGGAGCUGGAGAGGAACGGUGUUAACACGGCGCACAUGCUUCGCACCGGCAAGAGCUCGACUGGGCUGGCGAUGAUCCUGGUCGAUACCAAGUCGUCCAACAACGAAAUUGUCAUUUGUCCCAACGCCACAAACCACUUCACACCUGAGCUGCUUCGCGCGCAGACGAGCAACUACGAGAGGAUCAUGCACGCGGGGCUCAAGUAUCUCAUUUGCCAGAACGAAAUACCCCUCUCCACCACGCUCGAUACACUGAAAGAGGCGCACAGCCGUGGCGUGUACACGGUGUUCAACAGCGCUCCGGCCCCGAAGCCGGCUGAGGUGGAGCAGAUCAAGCCGUUUCUCCCCUACGUGUCGCUCUUCUGUCCAAACGAAGUAGAGGCUACGCUCAUCACUGGCGUGAAGGUGACGGACACCGAGUCCGCCUUUCGCGCCAUCAAGGCGCUGCAGCAGCUCGGCGUUCGUGAUGUCGUCAUCACGCUCGGUGCGGCCGGCUUUGUUCUUUCUGAAAAUGGUGCCGCGCCGGUGCAUGUCACGGGCAAGCGCGUCAAGGCGGUGGACACGACCGGCGCCGGUGACUGCUUCGUCGGCUCCAUGGUGUAUUUUAUGAGUCGCGGCCGAAACCUUCUGGAGGCCUGCAAGCGAGCCAACGAGUGCGCCGCCAUCAGCGUCACGCGCAAGGGCACACAGCUGUCCUACCCGUACCCAAGUGAGCUGCCAGCUGGUGCCAUGUAG